AUGACUGAUGCAUGGAGUGACAUGAAAAGAAGAAGCAUAAUGAAUCUGUGUGUUAACUCAAGAGGUGGUACAUGCUUUCUAUCAUCAAAGGAUACAUCGAAAGAUUCUCACACUGGUGAGUUUAUCUUUAACUAUAUUGAUCAAUGCAUUGAAGAUAUAGGAGCUGAUAAGAUUGUGCAAGUUGUUACUGAUAAUGCGACCAACAACGUUGCUGCCGCAAAGAUGCUUAAGCAGAAGAGACCGAGAAUAUUCUGGACUGGUUGUGCUGCCCACACAGUUGACUUGAUGCUUGAAGGGAUUUCGAAGUUGUCUGGUUUUGCUAGAAUAAUAGAUCAAGCGAAGGCUGUCACCAUCUUUAUAUAUGCGCAUCAUAAGACCUUAUCUAUGAUGAGAGCAUAUGCAAAGAGAGACAUUGUGCGGCCAGGUGCAACAAGGUUUGCGACUUGCUUCUUGACACUGCAUAGUUUGUACGAGAAGAAGGCACAGUUGAAGAAUAUGUUUGGAAGUGACGAGUGGCAUGAUUGCAAGCAUUCAAAGUGUGUGAAAGGUAAAAAUGCGAGUGAUAUUGUGAUGUCUUACUCAUUCUGGAAUAGUGUGAUGGUUAUUCUGAAGGUCUUCAGCCCUCUUGUGAAAGUUCUAAGGUUGGCGGAUGGGGAAAAGGUUCCAUCUCUUGGGUUUAUUUUUGGUGAGAUCUUAGAAGCUAAGAAAUCUAUCAAGGAAGCUUUUGAUCACUUGGAGAAGAAUUACCUCCCUGUUUUUCGCAUCAUUGAUGAGAAAAUGAAAGGUAGAUUGGAUACUCCAUUGCAUAUGGCUGCCUACUUCCUCAAUCCGUUUUAUUUUUAUAAAGAACCGAAUAUCCAACUUGACGUGGAGGUCAUGGAAGGAUUCCUUACUUGUGUUGAGACUUUCUAUCAUGGAGACUUUGUAAAGCAAGAUUUAUGUGUGAAUCAAGAAGUUAGUCUAUAUAAGAACAAAAGUGGUUCUUUUGGUAGAGCCUUGGCACUAAAAGGAUGUGAAACAAAAGAUGACAAAUUUGAUCGAGGGAAUUGGUGGGCAACGUAUGGAUGUGGUGCACCUACUCUACAAAGGUUGGCAACAAGGAUACUUGCUUUGACAUCUAGUUCUUCAGGAUGUGAGAGAAAUUGGAGUAGCUUUGAAGGGAUCCACACAAAGAGAAGAAAUAGACUAGGUGUCAAUCGCUUGAACAGUCUAGUGUAUGUUCAUUUCAAUGCAAGGCUACUUAACAAGCAGAAAAAAAUCAGAGAGAAAAACGCGGAUGUGAUAUUUGAUGAUGGCAAUGAAGAUACUGUUGAAGAUUGGCUUGUGGAACGUGUGGAAGAACCAGAUAGUGAUGUUAAUUUUCUGAUUGGAAUCCAAGCUCCAAGGGUAAGAGAUUUAUAUGAUGAUGACUUUGAAUCUGAAGAAGAAGAAGAUAUUGUUGACAUGGAGUUUGAACCUGAUGUCUUCCAAGACAUUUUACUGUUUCCGGAGGCACAAGUUGCUUCGUAAGGUGUAACGUACAAGAUAUUCUAACACAUCUUUCUACUACACGGUGAUAACUUGAUCUUUGAAGAUUAGAACUAACUUUUUGUAUAUUCUUAAGAUCAAGACAAUAUCUUUUUGGUGUAUCCCGUGUAUAGAAAUUAGCUUUUGUUUUUCGAACUCGAUGUGUAUUAGAAGAAAUUUCAAUAUAUUUUGGAGUAUAAGUUUUAUGUUAUAAAUUAUAAUAUAUAAGCUUUAUGUUA